AGAGAGAGAGAGAGAGAGAGAGAGAGAGAGAGAGAGAGAGAGAGAGAGAGAGAGAGAUUGAGAGAGAGAGAGCUUCCUUUCUCAUCGAUCGGUCUUCGCCCUGCCUAGUCUUUAAACAGAAAAGGCUGAAGUACCAAGAGGAGCGCGUGUAAGGAUUUAAAUCCAGGCAGAUGAUAGAAUCAGAAUAUCAUCGGUUGGUUUACCUGACCUGCACUGUGCUCGUGUUUAUCUCUCCGGUUCAUAUGGCACCGGUGCCGGACCAGUACUCACGGGGUGUGGAUUGGCUGAGCCGGUAUGGAUAUCUACCUCCUCCAGACCCACGCACCGGGCAGUUGCAGACUAAAGAUGGCAUUGAGAGGGCUGUCAAAGAAAUGCAGCGAUUUGCUGGCCUCAAAGACACGGGCAAACUUGACAAGGACACCCUGAAACUAAUGGCUACACCACGAUGUUCAUUGCCAGACAUUAUAGGGAUGGAGGACAUGAAAAAGCGCAGGAGGAAAAGAAGAUAUGCCACCACUGGACUCCGCUGGAAAAAGUCUGAUCUUUCAUGGAGCAUCCAGAAUUACCCAUCUCUCCCUCCACAACUCCAACCUGCUGAUGUGAACACUAUUAUGGCCUAUGCCCUUAAUGUUUGGAGUGAUGUCACCAACCUCAAGUUUCAUGAAAUAUCCUCGAGUGAGCAGGAUAGAGCUGAAAUCAAGAUCUCUUUUGCUCGCUCACUUCAUGAUGACGGAUAUCCAUUCGAUGGGAAGGGAGGGACACUUGCUCAUGCCUUCUUCCCAGGGGAGUCUGAUGUUGCUGGGGAUACACAUUUUGAUGAUGAGGAGAGCUGGACCUACACAGAUGACAGUGGCACUGAUUUAUUCUCGGUGGCUGUGCAUGAAUUUGGCCAUGCUCUGGGUCUCUCUCAUUCCUCCACUAACCCUUCCAUCAUGCGGCCAUACUACCAGGGUGCUGUUGGAGAUAUUGCAACCUACACUCUUCCAGAGGACGAUCGCUAUGCCAUUCAGUCGCUCUACGGAAGGAAGAGAAGCACACCAACACCAUCUUACCCAAAACACCCUACAUCACACCUGCCCAAACCACCAAACAUACCUCACCCCAGAGUAACAUUAAAACCUGAUCCCUCAGUCCAGGAUCGUUGUGAGGGAAGUUUUGAUGCGGUGGCAAACAUCAGAGGAGAUGUUUUCUUUUUUAAAGGUCCAUACUUCUGGCGAAUCCAGCGGUCUGGUUCUCUUGUGUCCUUUCACCCUGCUCUCAUAAAAAACUUCUGGAUUGGUCUUCCUGAUGGCACUGAUAAGAUAGAUGCAGUUUAUGAAAGAAGGGCUGACAGUAGAAUCAUCUUCUUCAUAGGCUCACAGUACUGGGUAUUUAAAGACACAGUGGCACUUCCUGGCUACCCACGUCCAUUGUCUGACUGGGGGUUGAUCUCUCAUGAUGGAAGGGAGGUAAAGAGGGUGGAGGCAGCAUUUAUUUGGGCGCAUAACGGAAAAACCUACCUCUUCAGCGGUGGACUGUUUUGGAGGUUUACUGAGAGUCAGGAGACAGAGAAGCGACGCCCAGAUAAAGAUUACCCUCGAAACUCCUCUCUCUGGAAGGGUGUGCCCACUAACCCUGAUGACAUCAUAACCUGGGAACAGGGAGAUGCCUAUUUCUUCAAGAACAACUCGUAUUGGGUGCUGAAGAGUGGAGGAUUGGACCAAGACAGUGUAAGUCACAGGUCAACCGCGGUUGAUUGGAUGAUGUGUCCAGAACUGACUCCAACCAAACUUCCAGGCAAUCAACAUCCAAGAGGAGGGGAAUGUAGCUGUGGCAUCAAUAGAGCCUUACAGCAGAGUGCUUCAUCUGGGUUACUGUCAAUCACAUUAUUGCUUUAUCCAGCUGUCUUAAUGUGCUUGCAAUGAGCCUUAUUUAAUAUGGACUGUGUCAAGUCUUUUAAAAUUGUAUAGCACUUCACAACACACAUUGUUUCAAUGCAGCUUUAAAGAAAAUUAUGCUGUAAUGUCUGUAAUGUCUUUAAGUCAUCACUGAGCAGUUUCAUUGAAAAUUGUGAUUGAAAAUCAUGCCUUAAAAAUGUUUUGUCUUGAUGGAGAGAGAGAGAGAGAAAAAAAAAAAACAUUGUGAGAAACCAGCCAGCUGAGGGGCUCAGACUGUGUCUCAAAGCACUUAAAGUUAUAGACAAAUAAAGUGAAAUUUGUAAUAUCCAAACAUUAUUUAAAGAGUAGCUUUACAUGGUUAAAGAUACUUGUGAAUAUAUGUUUUGAUCUAUGCAAGUGUGAUGUAGGCCUAUACAUGUAUUAAAAAAUUAAACUUU